AGUCAGGGAGAGGAAAAGCGAGAGGACGCUGAAGAUUGUGGAGCUUUGGGAAAAAUAUCAACAGCACAAAUAUAAAGAGAGCUUUGAAGGAAAUAGUGGGCUGUUGAGAGAGCAUCUUUCAUCCUUGUUGGCCAAACAGGUCUUCCAUCUGUAGGAGCGAUUACCCUACAGAGUCCUGCUUUACUCUGUAGUGAGAGCUCUUUGCGGGAACCGUCAGCUUGUGAGGAGCCCACGCUACACAACAGACAGGAGAAUGUAGCUGGGUUAGAUUGGCCAGCAAGCAAUGACAGCUUCCUCUCAGAGUCAGAGGCUAUUAGGAAUACCUUAGCUAUAAACAAGGAAACGUGCAGGAGUCAAAAUAAAGAAGAGUCUGGAUGUGCCGGAACUGAGCUACAAAACAGCGGAGGAUAAACAGAGAGUCCUGGGAGGUGCCACACAUCAGAACAUAGCAGUAGGACAGAGGUCUUAAAACUUUUGAGCCAAAAGUGGACUUCCAAGUCAGCGGACUUCUGGGAUAAUCAAGGACUCAGUUUAUCAGGGGAGAUCCAGUAGAGGAUACUGGGAGUUGUCAAGACGGAAGAGAGAAUUCAGAUUGCAGUGGGAGAAGUCAAGAGGAAUCUGAGAGCAGUGGACAGAGUCAAGCAAGGACAGGGAAGAGUGAGACUCAAAGGAGCCCAAAACAAGUGACACAGACACAUCAAAGAGUCAGAGUGUCCAAGCCGCAGAUCUCACUGAGAUUCCAGAGGACCAAGAGGACCCAACUGCUAUCUGUCAGUUCACACACUCACGGGCACGCUCUCGGCCCCCGCUGAUCCCUGCCAUGCCAACUCUUCCUGAGGAUGAGGAAGACUCUCCAGAGGAGCUCAACAGUACAUCCAGCUCGCCCUCCACAUAUGCUCCAGUUGAAAGCAUGAUGGUAAAUGUAACCAUGACUUCACCAGCUAUUGUGCUUCCAAGACAAGUCAGCAAGGAAGAGUCCUGUCCUCUGGAGAAAGCAAGAUCGCACAGCCCUAGGCCUCGCCUCUCCCGAAACUCUGCAUCUUCACGCCUAAUCACCACAGUGGACGAUGAUGGGCACGUGCUAGACCUAGUGAAGGAUCAGCUUCCUGAGCUGCAGUUAUCUGAAGACGAUCGUCAGAAGAACUUGGAGCUGCUCGAGGAGGCCAAGAAAGUCAGCGAUCGCUUCCUGCAGCGCAGAGGCCGACGCUCCACCUGUAGUCUCAGUGAAUCUCCAACAGCUCUCUCCCCGAACACAACGCCUUGCUCCUCCCCCAGACCAUCCAGAAACUCCCUCUCCCCACCCCCACAGCUAGGUCCUGAGGUCACCGCAACUCCUCCAGCAAGUCCUUCCAUGACUAAGCAUCUGGAGAUACCAUCAACUCUUGACCAAGGGGGCACUAGUAAGCCAGAGCAGGAGACCUUCGCAAGGCUAGUAGAUUGGAUGCCCUGUGACCAGAGAAAGGUAUCUUCAGGGACUUUAACCCUGCGUUAUUCCACUUCUGUAUCAGCCAGAGAUCCUUCUGUGGUUCAGAAGAAGUCAGACCAUCAUGCACCAGCAGACAAGGGGAAGAACUCCGAACACGCAGCCCAGAAAAAGGAGGGGACCUCUGGCUGUGGCAUCAGUCAGCCUCCAGCUACAGGGGUAGCCAAACCUGUCCCCCGGCCACACACACAGCAAGCCCCAUGCACGGCCGAAAUCAAAACAAUAGGGGCCUUCCCUCCUCUGAUGAGAGCCGUCUCCUGGGACACGGAACACAAACUGAUGCGUAACCAGAGCAUCUCCAGCCCAAAGCUUCCUGACCUGAGUGAAAUGGAGCAGGAGCGAGGUCCAUCCUCUCCACUCAUCAGCUCUCCCAGUGAAGAGGAGGCCAAAGAGAAACCUGAUGCUUUGCCCAACAUUUCAGACAUCAUGCUACGCAAGCUCAAACUGCACAGGGGUUUACCUGGCUGCGCACCCCCGCUUUCAGAGAAGGAAGUUGAGAACGCCUUUGUGCAGCUGUCCCUGGCAUUCCGCAACGACAAUUACACGCUGGAGUCGCGGCUGAAACAGGCGGAAAGAGAGCGCAACCUGACUGAGGAAAAUGCUGAGAAGGAACUGGAAGAGUUUAAAAGCGCUCUCAAGAACACUGUGUCGGUGGGUCAGAACAUCGAGCAGCGGGAGUUUUACCAGCAUAUCUUAGAAACGAUUGCUCUAUUGUAUCGCCUGACCAAUCGCCUCUCCAGCAGGGCUGAAAUGGUGGGAGCCGUGCGGCAGGAGAAGAGAAUGAACAAGGCCACUGAGGUGAUGAUGCAGUAUGUGGAGAAUCUGAAAAGGACGUAUGAGAAGGACCAUGCUGAGCUGAUGGAGUUUAAGAAGGUUGCCAGCCAAAACUCCAGCCGCUGUUAUGUGGGCUCAGUGGACCCUGGAGAGGAUGGUGUUCCACGUCCAUUUAGACCCUCGGUUGUGCAACUGGGAAGGGCUUCGCCCAGACGAAGACUCAGUGUGGCUGUUGUUACCAGGCCUAAUCUACCGAACAUCCCCGCUGGCCCACUUUCUGCGCUGUGUGAGGUGAACACUAUUAAGAAUGGCAGUUCCUCAGACCCCACACAACAAGAUGUGCCUGACAAAUCCAGUGGAAACUCUCUGACGGAGCAGGAAAGUGAAGCAACGCCAACCAAAGUCGCCUGCAGUUCAGAAAAGAUUACAGAAGAGAUCAAAGCCAAGAUUGAAGAAGAAGCGUAUAAAAAAGGAUACCAGGAAGGACUUAAGAGGUUUAAAGAACUUCAAGAGCUGAAGGAGGAGGAAGAGAAAGCCAAAGAGAAGCAGAAGGACUCUGAGGAGGAAGCAAGAGGAAAUAUUGAUAAAGACAUGAAGACUAAUAGCAGGUUUGAGGAGGCAUUAGAGGUUUUUGACCGGAUUUUCCCAAGAUUCUUCCAAAGAAAUCGAGUGCUUUGGAUCGUCCUCACUCUGUUUUUCACUUCACUCAUACUUGUCAAUGCCAUAAGCUUCUUCAGUAACUGCUACAGUGAGAGUGGAGACACCCCUGCAGAGAAGUCCCCGUCCCGGGCAAGAAGUUUUUCGGACUGAAUGUGGGGUCGAAGACACCUGCCUCAGAAUGACAUUAUUUUCUUCCAUCAUGGAGAGACAGAUCAAGGGAAUUCUGCUGGCAAUUUCUUUAACAAGCAGCUCAUAUUGUUUCUCCAGUCUUUCACACUGCAUUUAGUAAAUAGCAGAACUACUUGUUAUUGUUUAGGGACCAAGUGUGCUUAGAUGAGAAAUCAGAUUUGCUUUGUAAACUAAAUAGAUACGUUUUAAUACUUGAGGUUGGGAAAGUUGGGAUUUCUUGUUAUUGCGGAGAAACAUUUGAUAUAAGAUUAUACCACUCGAACCUUAUGAUUAAACUUCUCAGGUUUUGUGAAAUAUAUAUUUGAUAUAUUAAAACAAUAUUUAAUAGAAAAUUUGGUACAGUAUGUUUUGUUUAUGUUGUUUAUUUGAAUUGACAUUCCAAGGUAGAUCCUAAAGUGCAAUAUUUUGCAACUGGUUGUGUGGGGUUGUGCCUUCAGAGCACUGGUUUUAAUAAUACAUAAUUUUUCACAAUUUUGAAGAGCACUUUUAACUAGCAUGAAAGAAUUCAUAUUUUGCACAUGUGUGCUUGUGUUUACUGUUAUGCCACUUCACCUUGUAAUAAAGGUGUUUGAAAAACA